AUGGCACCCAGCAUGCCUCCAGGUGUUUCUGCAAACGAAGGAACCGACGAGCUCGCGGAGCAGCACCUCACCCACCUCAAAACUCUCCUCGAUAGUCCCUCCGGACCAUUCUCUACCAUCUUUCCCGGCAAGACUUCCGAAGACUUACUGGAUCCCAACUUUCUGGCCGAGGCCAUGUACAUGGCUCAACUCCUUGCAAAAGAUGACAUUAUUGCGGAUCUUAGCGACCAGAUUGCUGAAAAGGACGUUGUUCUCGACGAACUGAAGGCUGAGAUCGAUGCCAACACGAAGAUCCUCGCCCUGAAGGACAAGAAGAUUGCGGAUUUGGAGCACAAGUUGAAGGGUCCGGAUAUACGUCUGUCACGCCAGUGA